CUACUAAAAACUUGAAAUAAAUCCGAUUCCAAACACCCCCUUAGGCUAAAGCCUGCUCAAAUCAUACAUCCAAACGGCCCCUUCGUCUACAAGGAAGGGUUUCUUGUCGGCAUCUCGAGCGCCAUAGGAGUUAUUUGAGCCAACCAGGGUAUCGUCCGGAAUGGGCAAAAUGGAGGCUGCUGGGAAUGGGAUCGGCGGCGGUAGGUGCCGGCGGUGGGGCUGGGCGGCGGCUGCUCUGUUUUCUGUUCUUAUUGCCACGGCGGUGAUCCCAAGGAGAGCCUUCUUCUUUCGAAUUUCAAAGCAGGCCUGCGACUUAGCGGACUCGAGAAAGUAUACGGGUAUCGUGGAAGACUGUGCUUGUGGUUAUGAAACUGUGGAUUCUCUUAACAAGGAGGUGCUGCAUCCCAUUUUACAGGAGCUAGUGGCCACACCCUUCUUUCGGUAUUUCAAGGUUAAAUUGUGGUGUGAUUGCCCAUUUUGGCCUGAUGAUGGGAUGUGUCGUCUUCGUGAUUGCAGUGUUUGUGAGUGUCCUGAUAAUGAGUUCCCAGAGCCAUUCAAGAAGCCUUUUGCAGGGCUUUCAGCUGAUGAUCUCAUCUGUCAGGAGGGAAAACCAGAAGCUGUUGUAGACCGCACACUAGAUAGAAAAGCUUUCAGAGGGUGGGUUGUGAUUGACAACCCAUGGACAAAUGAUGAUGAAACUGAUAAUGCUGAGAUGACGUAUGUGAAUCUCCAACUAAACCCUGAACGCUACACCGGCUAUGUUGGCCCAUCAGCUAGAAGGAUAUGGGAUGCUAUUUACACUGAAAACUGUCCAAGAUAUUCUUCUGGAGAAAUUUGUCCAGAGAAAAGAGUUUUGUACAAGUUGAUUUCUGGAUUGCAUGCUUCGAUCUCAGUGCACAUUGCUUCAGAUUAUCUACUUGAUGAAGCUACAAAUAUGUGGGGCCAAAAUCUGGAAUUGUUGUAUGAACGUGUUUUGAGAUACCCAGAUCGUGUCAGAAACUUGUAUUUUACAUUUUUGUUUGUUCUACGUGCUGCAACAAAGGCUGCAGAUUAUUUGGAACAAGCAGAGUAUAGCACAGGUAAUCCUGAUGAAGACCUGAAAACGCAGUCUCUUGUUAGGCAACUUGUCUACAAUCCGGAGCUACAGGCUGCUUGUCCAGUGCCAUAUGAUGAGGCCAAGCUAUGGCAGGGUGAAAGUAGUCCUGAACUAAAGCAGCAAAUUCAGAAGCAAUUCAGAAACAUCAGUGCAUUGAUGGAUUGCGUUGGAUGUGAGAAAUGCCGGUUAUGGGGAAAGCUCCAAGUUCUUGGUCUUGGAACAGCACUGAAGAUCCUUUUCUCUGUUAAUGGCCAGAACCAUCUAAAUCAACCGUUGCAGCUGCAACGGAAUGAAGUCAUUGCAUUGGUGAAUCUUCUGAACAGAUUGUCGGAGUCUGUUAAUUUUGUACGUGAAAUGGGUCCAUCUGCCGAGAACAUAAUGGAAAGAAGGCCUUCCUCACCAGCAAGGAAGACUCCCUUAUAGCAAAUAGAAGAAUAAGAAGUAUACCUAAACUAUGAUGUAGAUGUAGAUUAAUACCGAGAGUUUGAUCUGUAGCUUCCGGAAGACUGAAUUGUUCGCUGAAGUUAACACCCCAUAAGCCAAAGCCAUCCUGAAGAGGUGACAAAGCAUAUCCUAUUAUAUUAUAGCAUUUGGGAUUAUACAAAAUCAACAGAAUAAGUACAACAUAUUGCGGGAGAACCACUGUUCUGAGCGACUGUUAGGAUUAUUAAACUUCAUGUAGCUUUGAUUUUGAUUUUCAAUCAUAUAAUUAUCAGAUUUUUUUUUUAAUAAAGGACCCCAUUGCUUA